CCCAAUAGCACAAGAGACCAUGGCCGACGUCAGCGAGCUCACGACCUCACCGCAGGUGCAGCUGUAUGCGUUUGCGCGUGCCGGGCGGCUGGAUGCUAUUCAGGAGCUGUUUGCGGCCGAUUCGGCGCUUAACGUCAACGCCCCGGACCAGACAGGCAAGACGCCGCUGCACUACGCGGCGCAGUUUGGGUGGCCCGCGGUGGUAGGCUUUCUGCUGGAGCAGGGGGCGGAGCAGAGCGUGUGCGAGACGACGGGCGACACGCCGCUGCACUUUGCGGCGUUCAAGGGCCACACACAGGUGGUGCGUGUGCUGAUGGAGGCCGGUGCGGACCCGACGGUGAGCAACGAGGACGGUAAGUUCCCGCAUCAGCUCUGCGAUGAGGGCGGCGCGACGCACCAGGUCCUCUUCGACGCCUACUCGGAGGCGUACGCGGUGGAUCCCGCGGAUCUGGAGGGCUCUUCCGAGUACUCGGACGACGACGACGACGAGGAUGACGAGGAUGAGGAGUGAUGCGGCGUUCGUUGGCACCAAGCGAAAGCUAUGAGCUGUAAAGUACGACGAAUCGAG